CUUACCAAACAAUGACAGCUUGCGUAGCGGUUACGUUAUUACGAUAAUAUUAUACUGAGUAUCCGGCGAGAUGUGACGUCGCAUCCAAUUUUGCGAGCUGGUUGCAUGCAGUGAGACGUGGAAAAUAGCAUAAUAAGAAUGGAGUAUUCUUAUACCGUAGAAGAGACACCUCCUGACGACGUUCCCAGCGUGGAGCACGACAUUCGACGCGCAAAGAAAUUUCUUCAGAAACACAGCACAGAAUCGGGUGACAGUUUAUACGACCAUCUAACUGAACUUUUAGCAAAAUUACUUGCUGAGCAACCGCGAAACGCAAUCGAUACUUUCGAGGAAUACAGCAGAAAAUUGAAGGAGGAGAGAUUUAAGACUAAGACGGAUCAUCUUCGAGAUCUGUAUGUACCACCGGUGCAGUAUGACGAUGCCAAGAAGCUCAUUAAGCUCUUCCAGAGUGUAAAGCAGAUUGACGAAAACGAUCAGGAGAGAAUGGAGGACGAGGAGGAGGACGAUAAGAAAAAGAAGUACCCCGACAUGUUGGAUCUUUUGUUCUACUUCGAGCAGACGGGUGUAGGGUUGCCGCGACACGAAAUGGUGUUGCUUAAUUUAUCGAUUCGGAAGCUGGCCUCCACAGUCCCGCUUGUAAAUAUUAGAUUUUGGGGUAAAAUACUUGGAAAACCCAAAAAUUAUUAUGUAGUGGAAGCUGAAUUUCAGGCGGACGAGCUUGCUCGAAGAUUAGAGAAAGCUAAGGUACAAGCUCAAAGAGAGAAAGAGGAACCCGAAACCGAAGCAGCAGCAAAAUUCGCAGAGGAAGAAGCCGCGGCAAAAAACGAGACGGGAGCCGUGGAUGAAACUGUUGGAGCAACGGAAAUCCUGCACGAGGAUACGGUAAUAGGAAAACCCUUGGAGCUUGUCUUUCCUCCGCUGCCUGUUAAUCCGUGGAGACCGUUGCCGGAAGUACCGGCUGAAAGAAUCGGGAGCGGUCUAAAUAAAAAAGUAUAUUUUGUAUGCAACGCGCCUGGGUUGGACGAGUGGAUCGAACUUCCGGCGGUUACGCCGCAGCAGAUAGUAAUUGCACGACAGAUUGUCCGAUACUGUACGGGAAACUUGGAGACACCGAUUCACAGCUUCCCACCGUUUCCUGGUGUUGAGAAAAAUUAUAUUCGCGCACAAAUUGCAAGAAUCAGUGCGACCACUCACGUUUCGCCGAUCGGUUUUUUCACGCUCGGUGGAGAAGACGAGGAAGAAGAGAUCGAGGAAGAGAAAGACGAGGCAACCUAUACAGAAGGAGAGUUAUCAGAAAACAUGCAUUAUGAACCGUUAUCGAUCAAGGAUCUCGUAGAUCCAACUAUGUCAAAUUGGUGUCAUCAUAGCCCGUAUAUUCUCGAACAAGGACGAAUUAUUUGGUGGAAUCCCGAGAAAGAGGAAGAUAUUGUGGACGAAGAACUCGAGGAGGAAGAAGAAGCGGAGAAAGAUGAAGUCAAGACGAUCGAGAAAGAAAUCGGGCCACCUCUCUUAACUCCUUUGUCCGAAGAUGCCACUGUUGAUUCCGUGAUACCGUGGACUGCCAGACAAUCGUCAUAUCUGCAACCAGAUAUUGCAAUAGCUUUAGUCAGAUCGAAUGUAUGGCCCGGAGGUUUCGCAUUCGCUGUCGGAAGACGCUUCGCGAAUGUGUACAUCGGCUGGGGCCACAAAUACAACGCGUACAAUUAUAGCCCUCCCAAUAUGCCGCCUAUUCAAGAUCAGUACAAAAUUGGGCCGGAAAUCAUGGAAAUUCGCGAUCCCACCGUCGACGAAGAAGGGAUAUAUCGAAUAGCGCCGACAGAACAAGAAGAAGAGAUAUUAGAUGAAGAGAAGGCGGAAGACGAAGAAGAGGAUGAGGAGGAAGAAGAUGAGGAAGACGAUGAAUAACUUUCUUCGCGUACAUCGCGCGUCCAAAUGCGAUAUAUUUUUUCGCUUGAUUCAAAUAUUUAAAUCAGAUAUUCUCCCAUAGAGUGCACUACAAGAUUGUUGCAAAUAG